AUGAAUAAUGUAACUAAUAUACGAUACCUUUCUACAGAAAUUAACGGAGCCGAAGGAAUAUAUUUCAGAGGUUACACUGUAAAAGAUCCAAAUUUAUUAAACGCAGUAAAAGAUUAUCUAGCUAUGGAUGAUGUCUACAAUGCAUUUUCAAUUACUCGUAGCAAAAUGAUCAAUUUGUUUCGUAAGGUCGUAAAUGAAAAUGGGUUAAACGUCCCCAAUUUUGAUAACAUUGAUACUUUCUUUGGACGCUCUGAAUAUGAAAACUUGACAGGAAGAACUCUUACGAGUCAAUCUUUUAACAACUUCUCUUCUACCUUGCCGUUGCCAUACCUUCCUGUAAUAUUAUCCAUAAUCCUAAGUCUUGUGUUCAUGGUUUUUGGUGGGUGCAGUCAAAAGAUAACCAGAAAGUCAAUUCCACAUAUCAAGAAAAAUGAUACAUACAUUAAUACUAGAAUGUCAAUUCCGCAUAUCACCAUACAUUAA